AUGGGAAGGCCAUUUAGGGCUGUUCAUGUCAAGGGUGACCUGUUGGAUGAAGGAAGAACAUGUGUCUUGACUGUUGUACUAUGUGAAGUGAGAAAUAUCUAUUACAAUUGCUUAGAUGCAUGUGCCAUAGUUUCUAUUCGUUCGACCUUUACUGUUCCGGAGCUUCUUUUUGAUCAUGUGGAGGCUGUAAAACUCCAAGGUACUCUGCAGGAGAUUCUUAAGAAGACUUCUAGGGCAGCUGGAGGCUCUUCACGAGGAGUACAAAGAGUGAGAGAGUUAAAGGUGGACAAGAGCAAAUCUAUUCACAAGGUCCUAUCUGUCUCGACGAGUUAUGCUGCUGGAGGAGUGGAUGAGAUUCGGAAGGAUAAUUCCGAGGAUAGAGAACUUCCAGCGAAGACAUUCAUGGAAGUGGAAAGCAGUAGCCUGAGAACCCACAGAUCUGAUGCGGGCACUGUUUUGGGGACUGUAAAGGUUUCUUAUGAGAUCCUUGCUACGAGCUUCACUUAUAGUAUGCGUCUUGUCGACGCUGCUGCUCCCCUCCUCCCCCCUCUUUGUCCUCUCUCUGAAUGGCGUGGAGCGUGUAGGCGAUGGCUCACGGCCCAACGGCGACACUGCAAUGAACAGCGGUGGCUAAGGCGGUGGGUCAAGAGUAAACACAAAAAUGGAAAGCAAGAAUUGACGGCAUCUGUGCAAGAGCUUGCUGCCAGAGCUGCUAAUCUCACCAAGGCUGAAGCUGCAAAAAAUAUUGCCCCACCAGAUUCAGCUUAG